AACUCUCGGGCUACUAAUUACGCACCGGGAGAGUCGGGUCCGGCGCUUAACUCUCUGUUGAAGGAUAUUAGUGAAAAGCCCCCAAACGUGGACAUAAAGUACGGCAAGAGUACGAUCUACUGCUUCGAUAGCGAGGCCUUUCGGUUCGCAGUGGCGACCGCACCGCCAAAUCGGUUGCCGUUUUCCGACGAUUCUAAACAGGAUUAUGAAAAUAGUUGGCGCAGGGGAGUUGGUGAAUGCGAGCGCCUAUUUAAACACAUUAUAUCACUGCACCCACAUAAAGUACGGGAUACUUUAUCACUAAACACAGCAAUCCAGAACAUUAACCUGCUAACCAAACCGUUGGCAGAUAUCGCAAAAAAUAUAGCCGACAAUCAAAAUGAAUUAGAAAUUCAUAAGAGACGUAUGGAAGUGUUCAAAGGUGACAUUGAGCAAUUGAGAAAGAAACUUUAUAUUCCUACUGUGGAUAUUGUGACAAUACCGUUAGACAUGCCUAAAACUUCCCACCUAUAUAUCAAUUAUGAGACUUCCAUUAAAAAGACCAAGAUUAGAGAUAAUAAAAAGUACCGGCGCAUAAAUAAUGCCGUGGAAGCAGCUAAGGUGAAACAACAGCAUAUAUGGGAACUGGAGGCUAAAAUAGUGGAACUGGCGGUUGAAACGGAAAUCAUAUCAAAAUCAAUGGCUCGAUUUGCGUGUUUUCUAAAGGAAAAUGCCCUUACACCAUUUAACGAUGCUUUUGGUAAUUACGUACGUUAUCUGAUUAAGAAUGAGAAAACAAAUGCUUCCCAGACUACCGGUGCCGAUAAGGGUGAGUGUGGAAACACGGCUGAGAAAUUGGAGCUCCUAUUAGAUGCAUAUAAUCAGCAGAGACAAGUGUUCAAAGAUGUCAUGGAUGAUAAUGUUUCAAAACGGGUAUCGAUUUCGAUCGAUGAGAUUGAUAAUAGUAUCGGCGAGUUAUGCCAUCUAAAGUGGAACGGUAGCAAAAUUGAGGAACUCCUAGAAUGUGAGCGUAAAACCAGAGUUAAGAAUCAUGAAAUUCAAAUGGAAGUCAGUCAUGAAUUGCCAGAGGGAGCCACCUUGUUCAAUAAAAUUAAGAAGUAUAUUAUUGAGUAA